CAAAAAAUAAACAAAAUUUAAUCGUUUGACAUAAAAUCGUUUAAUUAUACUAGAAAACGGCAUUAAAAUGAGACGAAAAGUGAAGCAAAAGGAAACUACACAACAGUCAAAGUCUAUUACAUUGACACAAUUCGAAAGUGAUCAUAUUACUGAGCUCGCAAAUCAGUAUUGGUCAACUGAUAAUCCAACUAAAUUCGAUGCUAAUGUUGUCGAAAAAGUGUACAAGACUGAGAUAUCAUCUGGAGAAAGUCGUAGAGUUGUUAUGCUGGAAUUUAAUAGAUAUUUGGAAAACUUUCUAUGGCCAAACUUUAAGGAAGACUCAUCUGAUGGUCAUUUAAUGUCUAUAAUAUUCCUGCUCAAUGAAAAGUUCCGUGAACGAAUUGAAGUCUGGAAAAUCUUUGAUGUCAAUUCCGAAAUGUUUCCAAUAUUCUUCAAUAGAGUGCUUGUUAAGUGUUUGGAAGAAAUAAACAUCCAGAAUGCGACAAGAAACAUCAUCAGAGAGCAAACUGGACUUCUUGUAUUUUUAAACAACUGUUUCCGUAGCAUGGAAAUUGAAAUUUGUCGUGAACAAGUUAAGAAACUAGUUUCCCUGUCAAUGUGGACUUGUUUGCAGCCAAAACGAAGAGAUCAGGAACUCAAUUCUAUUCCGGAAUGGAAGAAAUACUGGAAAAAGCUCCAAAAGCGAGAUAAACCGGAAUUGAAGGAGAAGCUUGAAUGGGAAAGACAUUUCUUGCAAAAUCUGAUCAGAAAGUUCCUGAAAAUAAUUGAAAAAAUUCCAGAAGAAGGAGAACUAAAUAAUGAAGUUGUAAGGUAUUGUGAGAGGUUCCUCGAAUUCGUAAUAGACCUAGAAGCACUUCUUCCAACUCGUCGUUUCUUUAACACAGUCAUGGAUGACUGUCAUCUCGUUGUUCGAUGCCAAAUCUCUCCUUUAAUGAAUCGUCCUGAAGGAAAAUUAUUUGCGCAGCUCUUGGACAUGCUCAAGUUUUAUGCAAGAUUUGAGAUUAACGACGUCACUGGAGACUGCCUUAGCGAUCAUGAAAUGGCACAGCUUCACUACAAGAAAAUCACGUCGUUACAAAAAGCUGCAUUUGCAAAAUUUCCAGGUUUAAGAGGUUUUGCAUUAUCAAAUGUCGCAAGUGUAGAUUCUCGUGACGCAUUGGAACAGCAUUUUGGUGGAUUAGAUGCAACAGCAUUGAAGGAAAUUGCUAGCUACUUGAACCUUGUGCCAGACGAAUUAAAAGAGCCAUUUGAUUUUCAUCGUUUGGACGAGGAGUUCUUGAAAAAUUUAUUGAUUUCUCGACAUGAGCGUCGCAUCUCACAAUUGGAGGCACUUAAUGAAAUGCCAUUAUAUCCAACAGAAGAAAUCAUCUGGGAUGAAAAUAUCGUACCAAAUGAAUACUUUUCUGGUGAUGGAUGUUUGGCAUUGCCAAAAUUGAAUCUGCAAUUUCUGACAUUACAUGACUAUCUCUAUCGUAACUUCAAUCUUUUUCGUCUUGAAUCGACUUAUGAAAUUCGUCAGGACAUUGAGGAUGCUGUAAUAAGGAUGUUACCAUGGCAAUCUGAAGAGAAUGAGGUAGUUUUUGGUGGAUGGGCUAGAAUGGCAUUACCAAUACAAGAGUUUGCUGUAAUUGAGGUAGGAAAACCACGAAUUGGUGAGAGAAGACCAUCACGAGUUAGAGCUGACGUUUCCAUCUCAUUAAAUGUAAGACGCGAAAUUCAAGAAGAGUGGGAGAAUUUAAGAAGACAUGACGUGUGCUUCUUAGUUACUGUACAUCCAACCGUUCCAAUUGGAACAAAAUAUAAUCAUCGAGGUAAUUUUAUUGAACAAGUCGGAUUAGUAAAUGUUCGUGGAUGUGAAAUUGAAGGAUUAUUGGACGAAAAUGGUCGAGUAAUUGAAGAGGGUAUUGAUGAGCCAAAAGGAAAAUUGCCAGGUGAUAAAAGAACUUAUCGGGUUUGGUUGGAUACGAAUCAGUAUCGAGCUGAUAUGGAAUCACUUCAUGAAGGCGGCGAUGAUGUCUAUGAAAGUUUCAACAUUUUCCUUCGACGAAAGCCUAAAGAAAAUAACUUUAAAGCUGUUUUGGAAACAAUUCGACAUUUAAUGAAUACAGAAUGUGUUGUUCCUGACUGGUUGCAUGAUAUAUUGUUAGGAUAUGGAGAUCCAAGUUCUGCACAUUACUCAAAAAUGCCACAACAAGCAAGAUCUUUAGAUUUUAAUGACACAUUCUUGGAUUAUCAACAUGUGGUCCAAGCAUUUCCUGACUAUGAAGUAAAAUUGAAUUGUAACAAUCCAGACUUAGUUAAACGCCCAUUCAGAAUAACAUUUGAAGACGUUCCAAUUCAAGUUGACAGCGAUGACGAAGAAGAAAAGCAAGAACAAAAAUUGCAAAAAAUCAUCAAUGUUGAGCCUUAUACAAUUCCCAAAAGAGGGCCUUAUGACUUCAACGAGCCACGAAAGAACACAAUCCGAUUCACGCCUACUCAAACAGAGGCUAUUCGAUCUGGUAUGCAGCCAGGAAUGACUUUAGUUGUCGGUCCGCCAGGUACGGGUAAAACAGACAUAGCUGUUCAGAUCAUCUCAAAUAUCUAUCAUAAUCAUCCAAAUCAACGAACACUUAUUGUAACUCAUUCAAAUCAGGCUCUCAAUCAGUUAUUUGAGAAAAUUAUGCAAUUGGAUAUUGAUGAAAGGCACUUGUUACGUCUUGGACAUGGUGAAGAAGCUCUUGAAACGGAGAAAGAUUUCAGUCGUUAUGGUCGUGUCAAUUAUGUACUUUCACAACGUAUCGAGUUAUUGGCUAAAGUUAAGAAACUUCAAGACUCACUUAAUGUUACUGGUGAUGUAUCAUAUACUUGUGAAACUGCUGGAUAUUUCUAUCUUUAUGAGAUUAUUGCAAGAUGGGAAAAAUUCAUUAAUGAACUUGAAGCGGCUGCAAAUCAACAAGAACCAACAACAGAAUAUUUUGCUAAAGAAUUUCCAUUUGUAAAAUUCUUUAUUGAUGCGCCACAGCCUUUAUUUAAAGGAACAACAUUUGAAGAGAAUUUGGAAAUUGCACAAAGCUGUUAUCGCUAUAUAAAUCACAUAUUUACUGAACUGGAAGAGUUUAGAGCAUUUGAAUUGCUCCGUAAUGGAUUGGACCGUUCCAAAUAUUUGCUCGUCAAAGAAGCAAAAAUUAUUGCGAUGACAUGUACACAUGCGGCGUUAAAACGAAAAGAACUAGUUGAUUUAGGAUUCAAAUAUGAUAAUAUAUUGAUGGAAGAAUCAGCGCAAAUAUUGGAAAUUGAGACGUUUAUUCCAUUACUUUUACAAAAUCCCCUUGACGGCUACAACAGACUUAAGCGUUGGAUUAUGAUUGGAGAUCAUCAUCAAUUGCCACCUGUCAUUAAGAAUAUGGCUUUUCAAAAGUAUUCAAAUAUGGAACAGUCAUUGUUUACACGAUUAGUCAGACUCGGCGUUCCUGUUGUUCAACUCGAUGGUCAAGGUCGUGCACGUUCAAGUAUAUGCGAAUUGUAUAAGUGGCGCUAUAAUAAACUUGACGAUUUACCACACAUUAAUGCAUGGCCAGAAUAUAUCUCAGCUAAUUCAGGCUUUGUUCAUGAUUAUCAAUUAAUUAAUGUUGAGAACUUUAAUGGUGUAGGAGAAUCGGAACCGAAUCCAUUUUUCUAUCAAAAUUUGGGUGAAGCUGAAUAUGUUGUCGCUACGUAUAUGUAUAUGCGAUUAAUUGGAUAUCCAGCAGAGAAAAUAUCAAUUUUAACAACAUAUAAUGGACAGAAACAUUUACUGCGUGAUGUCGUUAAUCGUAGAUGUGCUGAUAAUCCAUUAAUUGGUUUACCUCAUAAAGUCACAACAGUUGAUAAGUAUCAAGGACAGCAAAAUGAUUAUGUCUUAAUUUCAUUAGUAAGAACUAAAACUGUUGGUCAUUUAAGAGACGUCAGACGUUUGGUUGUAGCUGCAAGUCGUGCUCGAUUAGGCUUGUACAUAUUUGGUCGUGUAUCUUUAUUCAAAAAUUGCUUUGAAUUGCGUCCAACAUUUAAGCAUCUCAUGAAUCGUCCACAGAAAUUGAUGCUGGUUGAAGGUGAAAAUUAUUCAGUCAAACGACAAGCUAAAGAUAAAAUUAAUGGAAAUAUUAUGACUGUAAAUGACAUGUCAGAAAUGGCACAAUAUGUCUAUAAAAUGUAUAUGGACAAAAUGGAAGAGAUGAGAGGCGAAUAUGAGAAAAUGAAGGAGAUUUAUGAGCAAAUACCACAAGAGCAGGAACAAAAGAAUGAAAAGUCAUCAACAAAAGAUGAUAAUAAGAAGACAAAAGAAAAUGUCCCAUUCGUUCCAAUUCCAAUUCAAAAUGAACUCGAUGAUGAAGUGUUGCAUUAUGCUGGCGAAUUGCAAGGUCCAGUUGAGAAGAAAUUAAAGCUUGAUGAAGGCACUGAGAAUGUUGAUAAUCAAACAGAACAGGCGAUGGAGGAAUUGACAAUCACUGAAGAGAAUCAAACAGUACAAACAGCAGAUAAUGAUGAUUCGGAUAAGCAAACAGAAGAAAUAGCAACAGUCAACGAGGAAAAUGGUACAGAACAGACAGCAGAAAAUCCUGAAAUCAGCGAGAAAAAUAUGGAAACAAAUGAGAAUGCUGAACAAUCAGAAACUAAUGCAGCCACUGAAUAAAUAUUUAUGAUUUAAAGUUUAUAACAUGCGAACAUUUUUAUACAUAAAUGAAGGCACACACUUGUUGCAUUAAAAAUAA